CACGUGCACGCUUAGGUGAACAUGUAAACACGAGGAGAGCCGCAGACUUUAGGACCCAGUCCACAGAGUCAGCCAGUCGGCUUUCUUAGUUUUUUACAAUGCGUCUGUAAUGUCAUACGUGCUACUAGAAGACCGAAGAACUUAAAUCUGAAGGUGGCAGAGCAUCAUACUUUUAAGCAGUAGAGCAUCAUGGGUGAAGUGGCUGUGGAUGAUGGCACUAGUGAAGUGAAGGCCCCUGAUGGUGGCUGGGGUUGGGCCGUGCUCUUCGGUUGCUUCGUCAUCACAGGUUUCUCCUAUGCUUUUCCCAAGGCUGUCAGUGUUUUCUUCGAGGAGCUGAUAAGAGAGUUUGAUGUGGGCUACAGUGACACAGCCUGGAUCUCCUCCAUCCUGUUGGCUAUGCUUUAUGGCAGUGGUCCUUUAUGCAGCAUUUUAGUGAAUCAAUUUGGAUGCCGUCCAGUGAUGUUGGUGGGUGGCCUCUUUGCAUCGUUGGGAAUGGUCUUGGCAUCAUUUGCCACAAGCAUCAUUCACAUAUACUUGUGUACAGGAGUCAUUACAGGUCUUGGAAUGGCUCUGAACUUUCAGCCGUCACUCAUUAUGUUAAAUCAAUAUUUCAGUGAGAAGCGGCCGCUGGCUAACGGCCUGGCCGCUGCUGGGAGUCCAGUGGCUCUGUGCUGUCUGUCCCCUUUGGGGCAGGUCCUUCAGUAUGAAUAUGGCUGGAGAGGGGGCUUCCUCAUCUUGGGAGGGAUCCUUCUGAACUUCUGUGCCUGUGGGGCUUUAAUGAAGCCUUUGGCCCCGCCAAAGACCUCAGCGACCCCUGGGAUUGAAAACACACCAGAUGAUGGUAACAAGAAAGCAAAGCCCAAGCCCAAGCUGCUGGACUUCAGUGUUUUCGGAGACCUGGGCUUUGUCAUUUAUACAGUCGCUGCCUCCAUUAUGGUGCUCGGUUUGUUUGUGCCUCCAGUGUUUGUGGUGAGCUAUGCCAAAGAGUUGGGAAAUGAAGAUACAAAAUCCGCCCUCCUGCUUACCAUUAUGGGUUUCACUGACAUUUUCGCACGACCCACAUGUGGCUACAUCGCUGGACUCCAGUGGGUUCGCCCUCGAUGCGUUUACCUCUUCAGUAUCGCUCUCAUACUCAAUGGCACCACAGAUCUGGUGGGCUCCCUGUCUAAAGACUACACCUCCCUGGUGGUGUUCUGCAUCUUCAUUGGCAUCUCUUAUGGCAUGGUGGGAGCCUUGCAGUUCGAGGUUCUCAUGACUAUUGUGGGUACAGAGAAGUUCUCAAGCGCCAUUGGUUUGGUUCUCCUGCUUGAAGCUACUGCUGUGCUGAUUGGGCCUCCAUCUGCUGGUCAUCUUUUGGACUCCACUAAGAAGUACAUGUUUGUUUUCCUGCUGGCUGGGGUUGAGGUUGUGGUGUCAGCUUUAGUGCUGGCCAUAUGCAACUUACUGUUCAUAAAGAAGAAGCCUGAGGCACCAGAGACUGCAACAAAAAAUGGAGAGACAGUGCAGGAAAAGAAUCACUCCAGUACAUCACCUAUAGAGGAGUCCCACAAGGCCGAUGGAAACUCAGAAAAGAAAGCUGAGGAUAUUAUAAAGGAUCCAAAGGAAGUGGAAACAGUUCUUAAAGAUAAAGAUGAGCAGAAUAAGAACAUCACCUGUAGUCCAGACACCAAACUCUGAUGGACAUUUCUGCUUAAGAAGAGGCUGAAAGACAGAAAUAAGAGGAGAUUGAGGAGAACUGCAGUGUCGAUAUGUCACUGUGUAGUCCGGUGUGAUCUCCUAAUGAAUAUUUGAU